AAAUUAUCGUUUUGGAUAUUGGAAAUGAAAUUUUAUUUUUUGAAAAAUACUGUUUAGAUGUUCGCAAUACUCUGUACCGCUUUGGCCUAAAUGUUUUAAGAACAAAAUUUGUUGCAUAACAUGAAUCGCGCAUUCUAUUUAGCUAACAGUGUUUACACUCGUCGUCCGUCGUUGGAUGUCUUUCAGAACGAUCCUUUCAAAAUUCAAUCAUAUAACUUUCAUUAUGCCGAGCGGCCCGCUUAUCCGAUGCAGCACUAUCAGCGUCCAUCGCCUAUUCCACCGGAACCAACGCCCUUCAAGACCUACUUCUACAAUGUGAAGUUCAAUAGAAAUGCGGAGUCAAAGCUAGCGGCAGCGACGCCACCGGCGGGUUCCUUUAUUGAGACCCGGCGUCGUCAAUUUCUGCAAGACUUUAAUCGCGUUGCGCCGCCUGUUACUAGAGAGAUUUUUCCGGGGCCGAAGACGCAGACGCAGGAACGCCAUCGGCAUCCGGUGGCCAGUAUUCCACCUGUCGCUGCUAAUCCUCAUCCAUUGCUUCGCAUCUGCUGCAAUCGAGAGGAUUAUCAAGCGAUGCGACGUGGACAGAGUGCCACCACGAUCCGACAGAGUGCAAGUGCCUCGGUCACCAAUCUGAAGGCCCCAGCAAAGCAGCCAUCUCAAUCCUCAGUCAAACUUUCGCCUAAACGCACUGCAAGUAGUUGCAGUGGCUGCACGAUUAACAUCAAUAUAACCAGCAUUGACUCCGAAGUGGAUGUCAGCAAGGCCCUGAAGAUCAAAAUAGAAGCAGACAAUACGGACAAGUGUCAGGUGACCAUGCCACGUCGCUGCUGCAGCACCAAGAGCUUCGUGAUCGAUAAACGUUUGUCCAAGUUCAGUGUGUUAGAUUCGCAAAAGGAUGUGUUGUUGGCCAAGCGGCUGCAGCUGCAAUCGGAGCGCGAACGCUUAGAGAAGCUGCGACAACAAGAGCUACACAAGGAGCAGGAGCGAGCGCGUCAGCGUGAACAGGAACGUGAAUGCUUGAGACAAGCGGAAAGACAGCGAGAUCACGAGCGUUUACUCCAGUUGGAAGCGGAGCGCGAGUUUCACAGGCUGCGUGAGCUGGAGCGUGAAACGCAGCGCCGCAGAGAGCUGGAAUUAGCGGAGAGACGACGCAAGGAAGCACAAGCUCAACGCCAGCCAAUGCGCGCCAUGUCUAUGACAGAGCGGAUCACAAAACCAGUUGUGAUGACAUCACAUUUGAGCACGCCCGCCUCCGGAGAACGUUUGCCUGGCAUGGCGCCGUGCUACGUUCGGCCGUCAUCGGAGGCUAAUCGUGCCGAGCGUUUGGAGAAGUCUACUGGGAAUCUGUCAAGGUUGCAGAAGAUCUGCAGCAGGUGUCCGCACAGUGCGACGCCUGCAACAACACAGGCAAAGGCAGCACCAAGGACCGUGGAACGCCGUAGUUCCGGGGCAUCAAAUUUUAAUGCCAUUGUGCAUGGCGGCAGCAGCAACACGAGUCUUCACAACGAGCGCAAGCUGCUCAAUCUGCAGGUGAAUGGAAAACCCAUCACGUCCAGUGUUCCGAUACACACUCGCAUAAACAAUCUGCCCAUUAGGAUUACCACCUCGCAGCCGCAGGAUAAAAAUCUGCGUUUCUCGGUGAAUCGAGUAACUGCUGGACAAUCGCAGUCCAAUCCCAAUCGGAGUAGGGCAGCUGCUGUGGGGGAGCUGCCUGCAUCGCCUUGUAAUGUCAGCAUUAAUGUCUAUGCGGAUAACCCUCGCACAAUGCGCCUGUAACACUAGGGUUGUCACAGCGUCAACAUAACUGGUUCGAAAACUGGUUAGAAAACUAGAUCGAAAACUGGUUCGAAAACUGGUUCAUAAAACUGCUUCAAACUGUUUAUAUUGACGUUGUGAGUUCCUAAGUAUUUUUACCAUGUAUCCUAGUCAA